UAGCUGUGCCUCACCCUCAUCCUCUUUCUCCUUUCUCUCCCUCUUUUCUUUCCUCAGCAAGCAUCUUAAUUCAUAAAGCCAUUUUUUGUUUUGUUUUUUUCCCCUUUUCCCUUUUCACCCUUCCCUUACCAAAGAGCUGUGCUCUUGCCCAAUAAUCACCCAAAAAAUCAAAAAUCAAAACAUCACGAGAAGCUUGCCGGCCAGCUUCUUUUUACCAUCAUUCGAUAAACACCAUAAUCUGGCUUUACUUGCUCAGCAAACGCUCAGAAUCUCACAUUUCCCCAGUUGGACAAUUUCAAUACACGCAGCAUUCCUCCAUUAAUAACAACAUCCCUGUCAAAAUGUCGUCUCAGCUCUCUUUCUCUCUCCGCGUUUCUUCGGGCGUCAAGUCCGUCCACCUUCUCGGCUCUUGGGACAACUACCAGAACCAGCUCCCCCUGUCCAAGGACAAGACCGCCAGCAAGUCCGGCUCGUGGAAGGGCACCUUCCGCUUCCCCGUCAACACCCUCGAGGCCGGCCAGCGCUACUGGUACUACUACAUCAUCGAUGGCUACCACUGCGCCCACAACCCCGCCGAGGCCUCGACCGUUGAGCCCACCACUGGCCGCUCCCUGAACAUCCUCGAUGUUGCCAAGUCGUCGUCCUCCAAGAGCUCGUCCCGCCACUCCAGCAGCUCGUCCAAGUCGUCCAAGUCUUCGUCCUCGUCCUCCUCCAAGCGCUCGUCCAGCGACAUCGCCAAGGGCCGCCCCCUGUCCAUCUCCCAGAUCAAGUCGCCCAAGCCCGUGGCCCCCCACGCCACCCGCCACAUCCUGGACGGCAGCUACGACGACCAGGAGGUUGACGAGCUCGCCCAGCGCUUCGGCUCCGCCAGCUUUGACGAGUACGAGGACGUCAUCACCGACUUCGGCUCCGCCUCGCCCGUGUCGUCCCUCGGCUCCGGCUCGGACCUGUCGUACCGCUCCGACAGCUCCUCGCCCAACUCGAGCAUGUCCGGUUACUCGACCCCGGCCUCGGACUGCAGCUCUUGCACGUGCGAGCGCUACGGCAUCACCCGCAAGGGCGACCGCGUCCGCCUCGACUGCGGCGGCUCCCGCUGCGGCUACGACAACGAGUCGGACUGCUCCUCCUCCGAGGACGAGUACGUCAGCCGCUCCUCCCGCCGCAACGGCAUGGUCGUCCGCGCAUAAGCAACCAUGUCGCUGCCUCGGGUUGAGGAUCACAAAAGCUCAGGGCGGGAAGACCACCACGAGGAAUAAUGAUAAUGAUACCCCAGACCUCCUCCUCGGACGGGCCCCACUCAAAAAUACGGCACAACCACACCCACUGAAACGCAGGAAAGGGAUGAGCAGAUCCCGUCACCGUCCGCGGCGUCGUGGGGGACAGGAUUAGCAGCACGUUCCUUUCUGCUCCUGUUCCCCUCCACGCGCCGGGACUGUUAGUCGGGUGCAAGCCCCCCUUCUACCCUGAUUCGACUUUGUUGUUAGUCGGCAAUACGCGAUAGCAACGGUUGACGGAAGUUGCGGCGUCGCCGGGUCGUUGAUCCGUCUGUUCCCGCCAAGUGCUGCAAGAGGGCAGGCCGAGCCGGUCUCGGUUUUCUUGCCUUUUCUGCGCCUUGGCGUGCGUGCGACAACGACAAGACCCGGCGCCCCACGUCGCAUUUCUCGUCGGGAGAACCUUGCGCAUCGUUAAUUUUUGCAACCCACAUCCAGUUGGGUCGAUGCUGCGGCCCCCGCGACCGGCCUCUUUGCCGUCGGUUUCGCGCGAUUUUUUAUUUUUUUUACAGCUCGGUUGGAAAUCACUGAGAUUAAUUUAUCCCCCAAACUUCACCAACAAAACCCCGACAACUCCCAUAUCACCUGCGGCCCUUCUGUGAGGCGGCUGCGGGCCAGGUCUCUGGGAAACAAAACAACCUUGUUUUUUUUUUUUGCUUUAAAAAUGUUCAAUCUGGUGGCCCUGCGGCAAGAAAGAUGUCAUCUGUCCAUUUGUUUUCGUCUUGUCAGUUUCCACCCCCUAGCCAUGUUGCAGUGGUGGGGAACUAGCAGCACAGAUGGGAUGUUUUUUUGCUCGUUUCAAUCCCGUGGGCCUGCCACCACCAACACACAUCUUUUCGAGAGCGAGUUUUCCUUGCAAGCACAAGAGAAAGGGGGUUCAAUAUUUGUCAAGUAUUACACGUGCAUACUUUGCUGCCCUAUCUGGGUAUGUACUUGCACUCCUCGCUUGCGGCUCCGACUCGGGAAAGCAAUGGAUAGGAAAGGGGAAGAGAGAGAGAGCGAGAAAAUCUAUCCGUUGAGGAAUGGCAUGACUCUUGCCAUCCAUGCCCGUUAUCCACGCGACCGCGCCCCCCCUUGCUCGCCAACGUGAUACAUGCCUUGCCUG